AUGAAAAGACAGUGACCAAUGACCAUUAUCGACAACUUUCAAUUGCGGAGGUCAAGUAUAUGACAAUUUGUGGUCGUAAACCACAAAUUAUUUACACAUCGAUUCGCGCGUAGGAUUCCAGCCCAUUAUUUAUGUAUGGAGCUGGGUGACUUCUACGAGAUCAUUUUUCGUGCGAUAUUUCAGUUCGAAGUGUACGAGCAAGUUUGGCGGAUAAUUUUUCUUUUGUGCUAAGAUCAAGGUGAUCCCCUGAGAAAUCGUUGUGGUGGAAAAUAAGCAAGUAAUGAUGACUACAAUUUCCCAAGAUCAAACAGAAUUACUGGACAUAGUUAGCUUACUGCAAACUCCAGCUCCAGAAAAUGUCGCAGAACCGACAUUUGUAACUCAACAGCAACCGGAACCAAUCAGCGAAACGCAGCCACCUGGCACACUUCGAACGACAACCAAAAAAAGUAUAGCCAAAUCGUACGUAGUUGCAGACUCAUUCAAAACAGAAGACGAGGCUCCUCCUAUAAAAACUCAAUUCGAGGAAGCGAUCAGUUUAGCAUCUCUGCUACCGAAAGAGUCGCGUUUAGAAGUAUUCAACAGUUUUCAUCAGAAAUGCGCCUCACACUUGAUCAAUGUCUUCUACAAUGUUCCGUUGAAUCAUUUUAAACAAGCCGUCGAAUACGCUCAAACGAGGGUGAAUAUUUCUCUAAUGAAUUACGCUCUAUCGGUAGCACUUCUUCAUCGAAAGGAUUCGAUCAAAUUCAAUUUACAACUUCCAUCUCAUCUAACUACAGAGCCUGGCAUGUAUUUGGACAUGGCGAAGAUUAAGGAAGAUUUAGGUAAAUCGAAACGAACGGAAGAAAAGUCUGGCGAAUUGAAGAGGUGUUUCGUAGAGAUCAAUCCGAAUUUCACCGGCACCAAUUUAGAUCCCGAGCACAGAGUUGCUUAUUUCAGAGAAGAUAUUGGGAUCAAUCUGCAUCAUCGACACUGGCACGAAGUUUAUCCUUAUGAUGCUGAUAUAUCGAUUGUUAAUAAAGAUCGACGAGGAGAAUUAUUCUAUUACAUGCAUCAGCAAAUUGUAGCCAGAUAUAACUUUGAAAGAUUCAGUAGCGGUUUAAGUCGAGCUGAAGCAUACUCGGACUUCAGGGAUCCAGUCGAAGAAGCCUAUUUUCCCAAAAUGGACCAAUUAUCGAAAUCGAACCAGUUUUGUUCCAGGCCAGCGAAUACCAUUUUAAAAGACCUUCACAGAGAUAAUUUUUACAUCAAGCUUUCGACAAUGGAACGCUGGAGGGACAGGAUUUACGAUGCUAUUGACCGAGGAUAUGCUUACACCAUAGAUCCGAAUACCCAUCAAGAGAUCUUGAAAAAAAUAGACGCAGUAACUGGAAUCAAUGAAUUAGGAAACACUGUCGAAGCUGUAGAAAAACUCAGCUGGAAUUACAAAUAUUACGGCGAUAUGCACAACAAAGGGCAUUUAUUCUUUUCAUACGUGCAUGAUCCGGAUAACAGAUUCAGGGAAAAUGGCAGUGUUAUGUCGCAUUCGGAGACUGCUCUCAGGGAUCCUAUAUUUUAUCGCUGGCAUGUAUUCAUCGACGAUAUCUUUCAACAGUAUAAGAGAACACUUCUACCUUAUACUGUGGAUGAGAGACAAUUCACAGGAAUCACCGUCGAAAGCGUAAAAAUCUCACCUGACCUCCAACCAAAUAAUGACAGCAGUAAUAAACAAGUCCAAUGUGUCGCUAUCGAACAAACCAAAAUCUUACCAGCAGAAUCCAAACUUCCAAACAAUGAGAACAAUAAUGUAAACAAUGUCCUCAAGACAUUUUGGGAAAAGGACGCAGUUGAUAUCACUCAUGGUUUGCUAAACCAAGACGCGAGUAAAACAAAGGAGCAAAUUUACGCAGUUUUUACUCAUUUACAACAUGAAAAUUUCCAAUACGAAAUUAAAGUUACAAAUACUCGUUCUCACAAUGUGACUGGUACAGUGAGAAUCUUCUUAGCUCCACAUCAAGACGAAAGUGGACUUCAGAUGACUUUCAAUGGUCAAAGAAGAAUGUUCGUUGAAAUGGAUAAGUUUACUGUCGAAUUGAAAUCCAACGUAACCAGUAUAAUCAAACGUAAAUCUACCCAUUCAUCGGUGACAAUCCCAUUCGAAAGAUCUUUCAUGACUUUAUCAGCAGCGAAAAAAUUUGUUCAAUCUCAAUUACCGGACAAGAAAUUGACCGAAUCUGCGAACGGGUACUGUGGCUGCGGCUGGCCUCAUCACUUGUUAGUCGGAAAAGGAACUGUUGGAGGACUUUUGUGCGAUUUGUUCGUAAUGAUAACAGAUUACGAAGACGAUAAGGUCAGUGACAGUCCACUGGAUGAGGUUUGUUGCGAUAAAUCAUCACUCAGCUAUUGUGGUAUUCGUAACAAGAAGUACCCGGACAGGAAACCUAUGGGAUUCCCAUUCGAUCGAGAUAUACCCAAUGUAAACGCCACCAUAAACGAUUUCAUCACCGAAAAACAAGAAGAUAACGAAAAAAAGAAUAAGCCAUUAGCUCCUCCAUUAUCCAACAUGAAGGUUGUGCAAGUUAAAGUAGUACAUACAGAAGAUGAACCCAAACUUGGCAAGUCUUUGGCGAAGAUUAAUUAUAAGGAAGAAUUAGCCAAACAAUGUAUCUAGGUAAUAUGGACCUACUUCUGAAUACCUAUAUAAUAAGUUUAAUUUUGAUCGAAAUACACGCAUAGACAUAUCUACCUAGAUGUAAGUUUGAGUUACCAGUAUGUUAAAUAGGUACCUAUUAUUGGAAUCAUUAUCAAUAAUCAAGCAAAUACUUAAUAAAAAAUAUUCAACCUGAA